AUGAUAAAUGUAACGGGUGUUGUGGUUUUUCUGGUGAUGUUUUGUUUCAGUGCAUCGCAAGUUGACGUAGUAGAGAACACAGAAACACCCACAACAGAGGUUGGAGAAUUAAUGCUAACCACGGAGGCUGAAUUGGGGGCUGAAAACAACAUUGAAGAAAACUGGCCAUUAACGGUUUCCUUGUGCAAAAAAUGUAUAUGUGAAAAUAAAAAAGUGGAGUGCAGUGAUAGUGACUCGUUUACGUUACAGGAUGGUGAUUUGGAAGGUCUAAUUGCUACAGAUGUUGAAGAAUUGAAUCUCAGUGGAAACUCUUUAAAGACUUUAACGGAAUUGCCAAAAUUGUCUAUACAAACACUGAAUUUAUCGUGGUGUGACCUCAGUUUCUUAGAUGGGUCACCAUUCUUAAAAUUGAAGAAUCUUAAAUAUCUGGAUCUAAGCCACAAUGAUCUACCAACGUCGGCUAUCAAUAAAAUCUCGCUUGCGGGAUAUCUGGAGGAUAACUUUGUCCUACCAAGACGAUUUCCUGAUAUCACAUCACUUAAUUUGGCGUACAAUGACAUCCAUUCUUUGCAAAAAGAUGUUUUCAUCUUCAUGAUGGAAUUGCAAUCUCUGGAUUUGAGUGGAAAUCCAUUAGGCUACCUAGACCAAGUAACGAUGGGUGCAAUUAGUGAUCUUACGAAACUAAAGGAGCUACGUCUGUCUGGUUGUGGUUUGGAGAGCAUACCUGAAGGUUUGUUGCGACGACAACGACGCUUGGAGAGAUUGGACCUGAGCAACAAUAAAUUUACAAGUGUACCCACUGUGCUGAGUGAACCUGUCAGCUUAUUAUAUUUAAACCUCAAUAGGAACUUGAUUAGUUCUCUAAACGAAAAAAGUGCUAUAACCAGCUUGACCGAAUUGAAAGAGCUGCACUUAUCAGGCCUUAGUAUGCUGCAGUCGAUAGGAGCUGGAGCAUUGGGAGGUCUACCGAAUCUGAACUCGCUUUAUAUUACUUAUAAUCCUAAGUUAACGAACAUUGACCCCAGCUUUUUAAUGUGGAUAGAGGAAAAUGAAGAAGAAAGGUGGCCACCGAUAAAAGAGUUACAUUUAAACAACAAUAAUAUAUCACAUAUCAGCUCUAACUAUGUAGACAACUGGCGAGAGCUGGUUGCAAUAAAUGUCUCCAGCAACCCAUACAUGUGUGACUGCAGCAAUCAGUGGAUGGUUGAUGUUCUCGUGCCAUUAGUAAGAAGGAUUGACAGUGAUGCGGAUAAUGACAUGAUCUGCAAAAAACCACCGGACAUGCGAGGACUGACAAUUGGUUACCUUUAUGAUAUAUCGAAGCGGUUGGAAUGUUUAUCGGAACUUACGAUGGGAAACAACGAAACAUCCAACGCAGGAAUUAUUCUUGGUAUUAUGAUUGGUAUUUUCGUCACAUUCCCAAUAGUGUUUUUAAUUGUACUGUUAUGGAAGAGAGGUUUCUUUUUAAGAUGCAGAAGAAGAUUAGUGAGGGAUAACGAUAUCUAUGACGUUGAGGAAACUGAUGCAUUUUAG